CGCAAACUAAAGAAUACCAUAUACAUAUAAAUAUCACAAGGUAACGUUUAGUUGGUUUUUAGAACGGUACUAAAUAUUCGUUGUUCACCUAGUCCUUCCUCUGUCAGCCGUAUCGCGUUUGCGCUACUUGCAGCUACUUGCAGUAGUAGAUGACAUCGAUAUGUCGAUACGUAUAGAGUAUAAAAUCAUGAAAAGUGUAUAAUGUUGUAGAAAUACAAGAAUAUACACAGAAAAUUACCGUAAUUACGAUAGUGGUUAGGUUAUGAAAAAGUCGAACAAAUAUUGGACAGGUGUGGGUAACAUUUCAACGGUGUGUUUGUCCGAGGUAAAGAGGGACCGUGGGGACCUCGAAGACAGUCUUCCGACUUUUUACAUGAAGGAACAAGAUAUUCCUGAGUAUUUGGAAGGCUGUGGUUUAACCACCUGUACAGCCGGUGAUAUGCCCGAAGACGUAGAUGUCCUGCGGGACAAUAAGGAGCAGACAAAGGAGAAAAAAUUAUCCUCUGCCUCCAUAGCUGGUCCCGACACAAAAAAAACCGUAACUGUCAAACACCCGGAAUCAAAUAAACCGAAACCAACCACGAAAAAAGGCAAACCGAUUCAAGCCGAUCUAGAUGUGUCCAAAGAAUUUACAAGAUGCAAAGAAGAAUGCGUAACACGAUUGGAUUUAAGUAAAUCCAGUAUUACUAAUUUACCUAGUACAGUGAGAGACUUGACGCAUUUGGUCGAGUUUUAUUUGUACGGUAACAAACUGGUAACAUUGCCACCAGAAAUUGGUUGCCUCGCAAAUUUAGAAACAUUGGCAUUGAGUGAAAAUUCUCUUACCAGUUUGCCGAAUACGUUAGAAAAUCUGAAGUCUUUAAGAGUCCUUGACCUGAGGCAUAAUAAGCUCAGCGAAAUACCUGAUGUUGUUUAUAAAUUAACGAGUCUUACUACCUUGUUUUUACGCUUCAAUCGAGUCCGAUAUGUAAGUGAUAACAUACGAAAUUUGACUAAUCUAACAAUGUUAAGCUUGAGAGAAAAUAAGAUCAAAGAACUUCCUGCUGGUAUUGGCAAGUUAGUUAAUUUAAUAACAUUCGACGUGUCUCAUAAUCAUUUAGAGCAUUUACCCGAAGAAAUUGGAAAUUGCGUCCAAUUAUCUACGCUUGACUUGCAACACAACGAGCUUCUAGAUAUUCCAGAUACAAUUGGAAAUCUAAUUUCGUUAACGAGAUUAGGACUUAGAUAUAAUAGAUUAAGUAAUAUUCCAAAAUCACUGGCAAAUUGUAAACUAAUGGACGAGUUUAGCGUCGAAGGCAAUCAAGUGUCUCAGUUGCCAGAUGGUCUGCUUGCAAGCCUCUCUGAUUUAACGACAAUUACAUUGUCUAGAAAUGCUUUUACCGCAUAUCCAUCAGGGGGACCAGCUCAGUUCACGAAUGUUUAUUCUAUUAACCUUGAGCAUAACAAAAUAGACAAAAUACCAUAUGGUAUUUUCUCUAGGGCUAAGAACCUGACAAAAUUAAAUAUGAAAGAAAAUCAGUUAACAGCUUUACCUUUAGAUAUUGGGACAUGGGUCAAUAUGGUCGAAUUAAAUUUGGGUACAAAUCAACUUACCAAAAUUCCAGACGAUAUUCAGUGUCUUCAAAGUUUAGAAAUUUUAAUACUUUCCAAUAAUUUGUUGAAACGUAUUCCUGCCAGUAUAGCAAAUUUACGUAAACUUCGAGUUUUGGAUCUCGAGGAAAAUAAGAUUGAAUCUUUACCUAACGAAAUUGGUUUCCUGAGAGAUUUGCAAAAAUUAAUUUUACAGUCGAAUCAAGUAACUUCUUUACCCAGAGCGAUUGGUCAUUUGACAAAUUUAACUUACUUGAGCGUAGGAGAAAAUAAUCUAAACUACUUACCUGAAGAGAUUGGUACGCUAGAAAAUUUAGAUUCUCUUUAUGUGAAUGAUAAUGCAAAUUUACAUAAUUUACCAUUCGAAUUAGCUUUAUGCACAAAUCUCAGUAUUAUGUCAAUUGAAAAUUGUCCACUUUCUCAAAUACCACCAGAAAUAGUUGCCGGAGGCCCUUCUUUAGUAAUUCAGUUUUUAAAAAUGCAAGGACCUUAUCGAUCCAUGUAACAAAAUUAGAAAAUUACCUCCUUAUAUGACUUAGAUGUCGAUUCUUAAUGAGAGUGAUACAGAAAAAAAAUAUUUGAUACAAAUAUUUAUUAACUUAAAUUCUCACUGUAAUGAUCUCACGUCGAUAUAAAAUAUAUGAGUAUUAUCGAUACAAUGAAUGAAAAGGUGCAUAUAUUUAUAUUCUCAUAAAUUGAAUAAUAAAUAAUGAAUAAUCAUAUAUCUGCGAUACAUUUUCAAUAUGAGGAAAGAAACAUAUGUAUAAAUAUAUUGUGAAAUUGGUGCUGAGUUACAAACAUGCACAGCAAAUAAUAGAACUACAAGAAAACAGAAUUAUAAUGAAAUAUUUUAGAUACAGUAAAGAUAUAAAUUAUACUGAAAUUUUAUUAACAUGGUAUACAUAUAUACACACACACGCACGUACACAUCCAACACACACACACACAUACACACAGAGUUUAUAAUACUUCAUUCUUCUACAUUUUUAUGUGUAUUAUUUGGUAAUAUAUAGUAUAAUGUAAAAUAUUAUUCUUAGAUACAUAAUUAUCAUUUCAACAGCUGUCUUAGUUACAAAAGAGUGAGAUAAUGUUAUGAAUUAGAGGAAGUGUACAAUUAAGAAUCGGCAUCAAUACUUUUACAUUUUAGUUAUUGCUAUUCAUUGCCAUACAAAGAAACUAUUUUGGUGACAAAAUUAAAAUAAUAAUAGUAAACUGACACUGUAUUAUAGUAUAAAGCUUGUAAAUGAUUAGUUACUUUAUGUUAUAUCAAGUUAUAAGUUAUAGGAGCUUCAUUUAUAAGAAAUGAAAAAAAAAUUGCUCUUCCAAAACACAAAAUCUAGUUAUGUAUAUAAUUUAACUUACUAUAUUAAAAUGUGUAUAAUUUUUUUUACUUCUAAGACCAACUGAAGAAAUUUACUUAUAAAAUUAUGUACUAUCUGAAAAAACAUACAAAAAUAAUUCUAUGUUUUAAUUAUAAUUUUUGCUUCCAUGUCUGUUAAAUUAGUUGCAAUAUUCUGUAACAAUUACAAAGUGUAUUUAAAUGAUAUACUUUUACAGAGCAUUCAAACAUUUAAUGGUAUUUAUUCUUUUACGGAUCAAUAAAUUACAACAAAUAGAAUAAUUAAUAAUUUUAAUUAAAUCACUAUUAUGCUCUCAUCAGAUAAAAGAGCUGCCAAACAUAUAAGUAUAAUAUUAGUUUUAGUAUCGUAUAAUUAUAAGGUUAAUUUUUGCUAAGUUCCAUAAAUGGUAGCUUCUGGUAUAUUAAAUGAACAUUUUCUAUUCAUUUGUAAAAUGUUUAUUCAUCGUACACAUACAAAGAGCAUUAGUUUAGUGACAAUAUACUAGUUUUGAAUGUUUGUAUGUUAAUCAUAUUAUAAUUUUUAAUUAUGUACAUAUUUAUAAAUAUAUAUUUGUAUACAUGUUU